AUGAUUCUAAGUCAUCAGCUGCUGCAGUGGAGCUCCCGGGAUGUGAUGCAGCAAAGCAAAUACUGGGAAACAUCAGGCACCUGCCUUUUAAACUGAGUGAAAGCCCCGGUUGUGGGGACUUUCCAGUCUCUGUAUAGAGAUUCACCCCAGACAAGUAUGCAAGCAGAAAUUACUCAAGUUUCUUUUCUUUUGAGCUACAAGAUUUCUGCCAAAGGUGGUAUCAGAGCAUAAAUAGCACCAGGUCUGUGCUUGCCCUGGGAUAGAGGUCCUGAUGGAAAAACUUCCAUGUGGCUUUACACUGGCCCAUAUAAAGAUUAUGGCUAUGCCGAGCUCUUAAGUCAGCAGCUUUCAUUGCCUUUAGACUCCUUAAGAGCAAACAAUAGAUUUGUAGAGUUUUAACUAUAUAAGGCACUCGCAGGCGACUUGGCAUGAGAGGAUUCACUUGUGUUACUGCACGGAGGAGCAGUGGGGUGGAGCUGGAGCGAGCACCUCUGCGUCUCAGGUGCAACAGCGGAACGCUAAAACAUAGCCAUGAGCGAGGAGCCUUGGGUCUGAGUCACGCCGGGUGCUGGGAACCCCAGCGGAAGGAGCGGAUCCUCCGUAUGCCUGGUGCUUCUCGUGGGAUGUGACAAAAGACGUGAAAUCAGGGAGAGAGAAAUGAUGAUUCUGGGAUUUGGCUCUGGCUGUCACGGGUGACGAAAAGCACCGGCAACGCCUCCUGCCCGGGCUAUAAAGGGCUCCAGGCCAGGGGGGAGCCAGCACUCGCUGCCUGCGCUGCCGAGCCUCUGCCUCUCUGCAGCCCUCCAGCCUCCACCAGCCUUCGCCAUGAGCACCACUGUCCGGCAGUACUCCUCCUCCGUGUCCCUCAAGGGGCCCGGGGGCCUGGGGGGGGGCUCCACCAGGCUCUCCUCUGUGCGGGGGAGCACCGGCGGCUACAGAGCCCCCAGCGUCCAUGGAGGCUCUAGCAGCUACUCUGUCUCCUCCCGCAUGGUCUCAGGCUUCGGGGGUGGCUAUGGGGGCAGCUACUGCAGCAGCGUAGGAGGGGGCCUCGGCGCUGGCUUUGGGGGCAGCUAUGGGGCUGGCUUUGGGGCUGGCCUUGGAGCCGGCUUUGGAGCUGGCUUUGGAGGGGGCUUUGGAGGCGGUGAUGGCAUCCUCCAGGCUGGCGAGAAGGAGACGAUGCAGAACCUCAACGACCGCCUGGCUGUCUACCUGGACAAAGUGCGUGCCCUGGAGGAGGCCAACACUGACCUGGAGGUCAAGAUCAGGGAAUGGUACAAGAAACAGGCGCCUGGUCCCGAGCGUGACUACAGCCCCUACUACAGGACCAUCGAGGAGCUCAGGAACAAGGUCCUGGUGGCCACAGUGGACAAUGCUAACCUGCUCCUGCAGAUUGACAACGCCAGGCUGACAGCUGAUGACUUCAGGACCAAGUUUGAGACGGAGCAGGCUCUGCGCCUGAGUGUGGAGGCCGACAUCAACGGCCUGCGCAGGGUCCUGGAUGAGCUGACCCUGGCCAGGGCAGACCUGGAGAUGCAGAUUGAGAACCUGAAGGAGGAGCUGGCCUACCUCAAGAAGAACCACGAGGAGGAGAUGAAUGCCCUGCGCGGGCAGGUGGGCGGUGAGAUCAGUGUGGAGAUGGACGCUGCCCCUGGAAUCGACCUCACCAAGAUCCUGGCUGAGAUGCGGGAGCAGUACGAGAGCCUGGCGGACAAGAACCGCCGCGAUGCUGAGCAGUGGUUCUUCAGCAAGACGGAAGAGCUGAACCGGGAGGUGGCCAUCAACACGGAGCAGCUUCAGAGUGGCAAGACAGAGAUCACGGAGCUGCGCCGCACCAUCCAGAGCCUGGAGAUCGACCUGCAGUCCCAGCUCAGCACGAAAGCGGCACUGGAGAGCACCUUGGCUGACACAGAAGCCCGCUACGGCACCCAGCUGGCCCAGCUCCAGGGGCUCAUCACCAGUGUGGAGGAGCAGCUGGCUGAGCUGCGGUGCGACAUGGAGCGCCAGAACCAGGAGUACAGGGUCCUGCUGGACGUCAAGUGCCGCCUGGAGCAGGAGAUCGCCACGUACCGCCGGCUGCUGGAGGGCGAGGAUGCCCACAUGUCUUCCCACUUGAAAGAAGUGCCGGUCACCACCCGCCAGAUCCGCACAAUCUUUGAGGAAGUCCAGGAUGGGAAGGUGAUCUCCUCCCGCGAGCAGAUCACCCAGGCAGCCCACUGAGGCAGCUGCAGGCUCGCUGCAGACCUCGCUCAGCAAAGCCAAAGGAGAUUCCAGCUUCUGUGCUCCGGCUCUGAGAUCACAAAAAGCAGCUUCUCUUUUCUCACAUCCACUGCCCUCCCCCUUUCUCACAGCGCUUAGGAAUCAAAUAAAGCUUUUCUGUGCAAACC